CUUCCUUGCGACCGAGGUCACCGAGUAAGCACCAGCGACCGGUCCGGAUCGCCUUGUGCCGAAGUUCGAUCCCGACGCAAGGCAUCUGGAACAAGAUCCUCACGGUUCUUGUUUUAUGGCAUAAGUGUGUGUCACUCAGACAGACUCAGUACUCCUAGUGGUAUCGAAC